AUCCGCCUCCGUUUUCAAACUUCAAUCAUCCUCUCCCUCCUCUGCAAUCUGAGCAUUCCAAGAACUGCAUUCAUGGAAACCAAAGCAGGGGUUGAUCUUUGGUCGAAAAUCAUAGCUUCCGAGGAACAAGAGGGGGCACACAAAACCCAGAAUCAAAGUCAUCAAUCAGAGGAGAAAACCUCAAAACAACCCACCAAGAUGCAGUCUUGAUGCAGGUGGAUCUUAGUGACCUGAAUCGGGUGAGUUUAGCAGGUGUCAUCAAGUAGGUUUACGUGCUCCUUCCAGGUAAUUUUACUACAUACUUCCGGGUUUAUUAUCAAAUUUCAAUAUUCUUAGAGUAAAUGUUACACUUCAAAUUUCAAUGGGUUGCUUUAAAAGUGUUCACUUUCUUUGUUAGCAUCUGAGUACAAGUGCUUAUGAUCGGCAGAUAUUCAUGUAAAAUUGACGACUUUUCUUUCAAGUGCGAUCAAAUUAUGUUCUUUCACUGUUUACUUCAAGGAAUGUUUCCCGUGGUUGCCAAUAAGGGUUGAUGAUAGCUUUGAUCUGCUAAUGCCAUUGAAAUUUUCUCCUGCUUGACUAGUUUAUGGUGUGAAGAAUCAGGCUCAAAAAAAGUUGGCAAAAGGAAAGGGAAAACCACCACUUCAUAAAGUAUUCUCUGUUACUCAGUUCUUUAUAAAUAGUCUGCCCUUAACCUUGAUUCCAUAUAGCAUUUGUGUUCCUUACCUUGAGUUAUAUGCUUAUUACUCCAUGACAUGUGAUUGUCAAUAUUGUUGUUUAAGGUCCUCCCUGGUAUUAGAUAGCUAUAUUGACUUCUAUAAAUGCUAUAAAUGUAUCUUUUUACUUUUACGGGGAAGGUUGCAGACCCUCCAAGCUUUAAGAAGGAGAGAGAAUUCUUUCAAGAAGUUGAUGCCUUUCGAGUUUUUUGGGGAGAGCCCAUCAGCCAUCCUGAAAGAAUUGGUUGCGGAGGCUGCAUUCGCCCAAACUCUUAACAGUUUAUAGGGAAUUUGGGCAUGGUGUUUCUAAUGCUUGCACAAUGUUUAUAGAAACAUGAAAGUAUUCCACGUAGAAGUUCCUGUUCUAUUUGUUCACCUUUUUUUUUCUUUUUUUCUUUUUUUUUUUUUUUGGGUUUUGGAAACAAUGCGUUGCAUACUUCAAUUCACAAACACUCUUCAUUCUUAGUUGGCUUGCCAGGAUUAUUUUGCUGGGUAAUUGUGCUUCAUUUUGUGGGAAACAAGGCAUGCAUCUUUCUGCAGUUUGGUUGGCACACGACAAUCACUUCUAUCUGAGCUAAAAGUUUGCCUUUCCUAAAGAGAGAUAGACUAAUGACAUAUUUUAUGGAUUUAAGUAGGGCUUCAUCAAUCUCAAUUUUCAUUGAUGCUGAUUAGGGGAACAUCUAUUUGUCACAGGGAAGUAUACUUCUGAAUAGAAAUGACAAUUGUACCAUGAAGUUUAUUUAUUUUUUUAAAUCAUUGAUGCUGAACCUUGUUGGUUUUUGUUGUUUUACAGUGUCUGCCAAAUAAAUGUAAUAUAGUUGCUGAAUUUGGUUGACAUACGACUUCUACUCCUGAAGAAAACCUUUGUUAGCGAUUUUCUUCCCUUGAAUGAGGAAAACCAUUGAAAUUUUUUCUUUCUUUCUUUUUUUGGGUUUUGGAGUUAAUAUGACAUACCACAUGUUCUGAAAUAUGCUUUCAAUGCGAAAAGGUGUCGACAGCAAGCGUGGCAUAUCUUCUUCUGCACUUACAAUUAAAAGCUAGUGCAUUUACUUUCUAGAAAGGUAAGAAACAUCCUGAAAGUCA